AUGCUGUUGAAACCCCUCACAGUCGCGGCCGGCCUCCUGGCUGUUCCGGCCGCGCACGCAUUCCUCAUCCCGCCCGAGGUUAGCGAUGCGGAUGUUCAGGUUGCCAACACCAUUGAGAAUAUCGCCUCCCAGGUCGCUGAGAACCAGGUCGUCAACGUCGAAUGUCCCCGCUGCCCGAUCUUGGUGAAUGGGAGGCGAGGCAGGCCUGUUCAACUGAAGAUCCAUCGGCCGAGCCACCUCGAAUUGACUUUCUCCGUCGACCGCCAGCCCGACCAUGACCGACUCCUCGUAAACGGCUUCGAGCUGUAUCCUUCGAGCGAUCCGCUUGGCGAGGCCCUUGUUGCGCCGCAGGUUAUCGAUGGGAAACGCCGAGAAACCAGGCGGCACCGGGAGCACGACCAACACGAUGGUAAGCCUCGUGCGCACCGGAAGCGACCGCAUCGUCUUGAACCCCAGCCGCAGCGACUAGGCUACGGCCUGCGUGUCGGUCCCGCCAAGAAGGACGCCGAUGGUCAAUUCGAGCUCAUUGAGGUUGAUCUGCAGAUCCUCGAGGUUGGGGUGACCUUCAUCGAUGGCAUCCCUGGGAUCAGGGUGAAGCUCAUCCAGGACGGCGAGGGCCGCCUGCUCAUGUCUCAGAUUGAGAAGAGCGAGCCCAAGAAUCUGCUGGAGUCCCCCAAGGGUGGUCCGGAGGAAUGCACAACCGCGAUGUGCAAGUGGUUGGCCAUUGCUCGAGAGAAGCUCAAGAACCUGAAGCCUUUCAAGCAUUGCCACGGUCCGCACGUGAAGGGCGGCAUGGGCCAUGACGAUUCUGAUGGGGUUCCGCAUCCUUACCCUCACCAUCAACACGGGCCUCAUGCCGGCCAUUGGGCUGCGCCAUACCAUGAGCACCGUUGGGGCAAGCUGUUCAAGCAUAUCGCGUCGCAUAUCCUCCUCCCUGUGCUCGUUGGUAUCUUUGCUGGCGUCAGCAUUAGCUUGAUCGGCAUGGCCGUCGGUACCGUAAUUGUCUCGCUCUGGCGCAUCUUCUUCCGCCGUAAAACCCAGCAUGGUCAUCGUCGCCGCCACUCUCGCCGUCACUCUCAGCUUAAGGCUGCGUCCAAGGAGGCGGCAUUUGACGAGGAGAAUGCCAGCCUGAUGGAGCACCGGGACCCGCCUCCGUCGUACCAAGAAGAAGAGGCCGCAAAGACAGCGCAGGCCUAACUUCCACUAACGACCAAGCUCAAGCUUUGGAGGCAGUGUACGACUACGAAAGCGGAAGUGCGACGUCGGGUUGUAUCGGAAUACUGCAGCAGGGGUUUAGGUCAUCAGCGGUGUGUGGCAGUGGGCGGGGCUCGGAAAUAAGGCAUGGAGGUUCUCUGAGUGAUGAUUCUGGACACUCCUUUUCGGCAUUCUAAGUUGGUUCUGCUUCUGUUUUCCUUUCCCUUUGCUUUUGAAAUACCCUGAUACCCUUGACAUUCCUUUAGCGCUGGGUACGCACCAAGAAUCUUCUCAUUGGUCGGACGUGGGGACAGGCACCUUGCGUUCGCAGACACGUCAGAUUGAGUGAUAACUUGCGAUCUGUGGUCGUGACCAUGGCGUCAAGUACAAGGGCAGGUGGAGGAACGUAGCACUACCUAGCGAAUUCAUGUGACUAUGCAAGCGACCUAAA